AUGAACGACACUCACUUCGACGUACUUGUUGUUGGUAUGGGUCCUGCAGGACUUAUGUGCGCCUUAUCCUUGGCGAAAGCAGGGAUCAGGACCAAGAUCAUCGACAGGAGGGCGCCUGGAACGCAGUACGGUAACGCAGAUGGUAUUCAGCCACGAACGGCAGAGAUAUGGGAUUCCUAUGGAAUUCUCAAAAGGUUCGCCGAAGGCUCGGUGCCUGUCCACGCGAUGGUGACCUACAACCCCGAAGUCAUCAACGGUGAAUUGAAGCUUAUAAGGUCGCACCCAGUCCGCAGCAUCGUGGUAGACAGCAGAUUUCCCCACGAAAGGACGGCUGGCAUUGAGUACAUUGAAGGGACAUUGCGAGAAGCACUCCUUGAAGCUGGUGGGAGCGUUGAAUUCAGUACCACGCCAACGAACGUAGAAGUAAUGCCAGAAUCGCAGUCGGACUACCCCGUAAAGGUUACUUUAGAGAAGCUGGCGGCACCGAUGGACAAUCGAGACGACGAUGGGGUCCUUAACCAAGCAGCUUUCACAGAAACGAUCCAAGCCAAAUACCUGGUAGGCGCUGAUGGCGCAAACUCGUGGGUCCGCCGCUUCUUCGAGAUACCAUUGGAAGGGGAUUUGACAAAAUCAGUAUGGGGGGUCGCCGACGUCAUCGUAGACGCGAACUUCAGCGAUUGUCGAAUGAAGUGUAUUAUCACUGCGCCAACGGGCACAAUCAUCACGAUCCCUAGAGAAGGAGAGAAGAUUCGUUUCUAUGUGCAGAUGUCCCUCGACGAUUGUCAACUCACUUCCGAUGGACGCGUCGAUAAAUCAUAUCUAUCAAGCGAAGCGGCUCGCCACAAGGUCAUAAGUCGAAUACAAGCAGGGAUGUCACCUUUCGAAGUGAAGUUUACGGAGGUCUUCUGGUGGACCAUAUUCGCCAUCCCCCAGCGAGUCGCGAAGCAGUUCUCAGUUCAUGACCGUGUCUUCAUUGUCGGCGACGCGUGUCACCAACACUCCCCCAAGGCGGGACAGGGAGCAAAUGCUGCCAUGUGCGAUUCGCAUAAUCUUGGGUGGAAGUUAGCACAUGUGAUCAAAGGAUGGGCCUCGCCAAAUCUCUUGCGGACGUACGAGGUCGAACGGAAAGGUUACGCCCAGCAACUUAUUAACUUUGACAAGGAAAUCUCAGAGACCUUGGAAAGAGAUCCAGAGAGCUACGAGAGGGUUUUGCACCGUCAAAACAUGUUCACUAGUGGGUUGGGAGUCCGAUACAACUCGAUGCUCAUAAAUCAGCCAUCGUCCUCCCACGAGGGAGAACAAGGAAUCACAGCUGGCAGGUACUUACCAUGGUGCCCCAUCACUCGACUCGCCGACUGGGACUCUAUGGAUAUGCAAUCGUUGAUAAUUUUCGACGGACUUUGGAAGCUACUGAUUUUGCCAGGCGAUAUUCGUUCACCAAACAACCUAGCUGAGCUCGCCCGAACGGAGAAGGAAUUAACAAGAUGUGUCGGAGUACUCAAGCAUGCAAGCUUGUAUACGAUUCUUGAUAACCGAGAAGACGAAGUCCAAUGGACUGACGUGCCGAGGGCCCUUCGUUCGUGGAAGCGUGUCUUCGUCAGUGGCCGAAAGAGUUCAUUGAACGUAUACGAACUCUUGGGAGAUAGUAAACUCGGCUCACUCGUUUUGGUCCGACCCGAUGGUUAUGUUUCCAUGGUUCAAGAGCUAUCUCAGUUCAACGGCGAUGAACUGACUAGAUUCUUCCUCGGCCUGUGA